GAAACACUUGAAACAUCGCAGCGCUUCUUCUUGUUUUUGUUUUACUUCUUUCUCAAAGUCCAGCGCUAAACUUUAAAAGUGAAAUCUUGGCGAGAAAGAAAGGUUGAAAAUGAAAUUUUUGCUUUACCAUUUGGCAAGCAUAUGGUGGAUAUCCUUAGCAUGGGGCCAUACCCAUGAUGAAAUACCCAAAUGUGCUCUCACGGGUGUCUACAAGACGCGACAAACCAUUCUGGAGUCUCCCAAUUAUCCGGAUAAUUAUCCAGCUGGCACCUGUUGGGAUUACGUAAUACGCUCUCCAUUUCGCUGUCCCACCAAGUUUCAUGUACAGUUCUUGGACUUCUAUUUGGAGGCUUCCAAGGAUUGCCAGAAUGAUUAUUUAGCAGUGGGCUUGGAAAAUGUCGAUGAUGAUAUGGAUACUUUAUGUGGCCAGGUGGUGGGCAUUAAGAAAUAUCACACGCCUGAUGGCAUAUUGCGUCUGCGUUUCUAUGCUGAUGAAUCACCUUGGUCUACGGGCAAGGGCUUUAAGCUGUUGAUUACACGACUGGCCUGCGAAAAAGAGGAGGUGCAGCGUCAACUGGACGACAAUGAGGAUGAUGAUGACACGGUGACGGUGACUGCCCCAAUCAAUCACCUAAGGCCACCUCAAACACAGAUUAUGGAUUUAUUCCGGAACUUUACAGGUCAGGAGCAACAUCAAGUGUAUCCUUUGCCUCCGGUAUUUGCUAUAAACUAUGCCACACCCCUACCUUCGCCGCCUUAUCCUGCAAUAGGUGGCUACUAUUUGCCCUCAGCGCCAGCAGUACAACAGCAAAAUUAUUUGGCCAAUACACAAAACACAUUGGAGAAACCCUGCACCACUAACAAUGAACAAAAGCAGCUGCAGCAACAACAGCAGCAACAGCCACAAUUGCUCUACCCCACUCAGCCUUCCUAUGUAGUAGGCAGCAGCAACAAUUACUUGCCCAUUUCCAGAGAUCAAUAUGUGGGUUCUUGGCCCACCAGCAGUUAUCUGCGUGCCAUUGAUGGCAAUGGCCGAGCUUUGGAUGAAUGCUGCACUUCGGCAUUUCAGCAAAAACGGUUCUAUCUUUCCAGUCCCGGAUUUCCUCGCACCAUUUUCAGCAAUCUCUUGCCAGUGAAUAGAAGAGAUUGUGAAUUCCGCAUACAAAAGCAUUCUGGCAAUGUCUGCCGCCUUAGAGUGGAAUUCAAAUUUUUUGAUUUUGGACAAAGUUACCAUGGCACCGGUUCGGUGGAGGGCAAUAUUGGCCUACCGGCCAUCGCAUCUUCGCGCAACACUUGCACCGAUGACUACAUUGAAAUUGACAAUCAGCGUUUUUGUGGUUGCCAUUCGGACAAUGUUUACACGGGAUUUUGGAAUUAUCAUGGACACAAGAAGAUACGCAUGAGAAUGGGUUACUCUGGCAUACCAUCCAGCGGUUUUCUUUUGGAAUUGAUACAAGAAGAAUGUUCGGAGACACAAUUUUCAACCUCCACCUUAAGGCCAACCAGGCCCAUUGCCCCCACUCCCACUUUGCCCAUUGAGAACGGUCACAAUUAUUUGGAUCAACAACUGCAACAUGGUGGUGGUCAUUAUACAGGAGGUCUGACACAACAACAAUUCGGAGGCUUAGCUCAAAAUAUUGAGGGACAAAAUCCAUUUCCACUGCAACCCAACUAUCAGGGCCAACCAGUAUUGCAACCCUUCAUAAAUCCAGGAAUUCCACAAAAUCCUCUUUUCGGACAACCACAAAUUUCUUUGCCCUCAAAUGGAGGAUUAUAUCAACCAGUGCCAGCCCAGCUAGGUGGUGGCUAUCAAUAUACCAGCCCUAAUCCUUUGCAGGUGAAUCCCUUUGGUUUACCUCAAAUACGUUACGCCCGUUCGUUUGGUGAUCAACAGCAACCUGUGACAAUUGUUGAGACAAAUUCCACCCGAAAGGAGUACUAUUUCAAUGAUAAUGGUGAUACUACCACCUCCGGCCCAUAUGCCUCCGCUCUCCGUGCCGAACCUCAACUCAGUAUUGCCAUGUCACGUUCAAGCAAGGCAGAAGGAGCCACCCGUUGGGAAGCCGAGGAUUUGAGAGCAAAUAAAAAUCGCGCUCAGGUUCGACGAAAGUGCUCUUUCGAUAUGGGUGAUAUUUUGCGAUUAUCUGUUGAUGUUUUAUGGAUAACUAAGCCAACAUGUUAUGCUCCGCAGAGAAAUUGGUUUUCCAAUUUACUAGGUUAGCACCGUUCGAAGUGAAAUUAAUGGUAAUGUUAGUGAAUUGUAAGCAAAUAAGAUCA